UGUGCAUGGCUGUCGGAUCCACUUUUGCUCUGCGUGUUUUUAUUGUUUUUGUCACUUUUAUUGAACCACACUGACUCUCUACUGACCUACGAUCGUGAAACUGUUAAAUAUUCGACUUGGCACAGAGAAUUUGGUAAGGACUAACGUUGAUGGACAGGACUUUUUUCCACCUCCGCUACUAUAUGGAGUACUGCAUCAAGAGGAAGCGCUUUAAACGUUGGGGAAAACGCAGCGGGCUACUCGUGAAACUGAAAUCAUAUUUGGCUCUUUCAUCUGGCAGCGACAGAACAGUUUCCCAAUGCACUCUGACUGAAUUCAGACCUUUGCACUGGCGUUUUGUCUCCUGUUGCUUCCUGGAACCUAUUGGCACCUGGCUGGUACCUGUUGUCGGCUUGGCUGAGGAGAUCCAGCGUCCCCGCCUUCUCUUACCUCGUCUUCGCUGCGGUGGAGCGAAACUGCGGAACCUUUGGCAACUGAAACAGGUUCCCUGGAUGGCUGUCACCGGUCUGACGGACCCUACCAGGAUUGCUCUUGUUAACGCUAGGUCGCUAGCAAAUAAAACGUUCAUAUUGAAGGAUUUCUUCACUUCUCAUAAUCUGGAUUUCCUCUGUGUGACAGAAGCCUGGCUAAGUGACGAACUUAGACAGAACUGUGACAUUAAGCAGGAGAGGAGCUCCAGUGUGGAGCAGGAGGAACCAGAACCUCCACAGAUUAAAGAGGAACAGGAGGAACUGUGCAGCAGUCAGGAGGGAGAGCAGCUGGGACUGAAGGAGGAGCCUGAAGUUCAUAAUGAUCCUGUGCAGUACGAGGAAGAGAUGGAGCGUCAGCGCAGACUGCUGGAUAUCACCUGGAAACCCCAAAUCAAGCUGCACAGGACAGACCUCAGACAGCAGCACGUCUGUAAGGAGGAGGAGGUUCUCCCUGAGCAGCAGCUCUGGAACCAGGAGGAACCAGAACCUCCACAGAUUAAAGAGGAACAGGAGGAACUGUGCAGCAGUCAGGAGGGAGAGCAGCUGGGACUGAAGGAGGAGACGGAUACCUUUAUGGUGACUGCUGCUGAGGAAGGAGAGCACAGUGAACCAGGAGGAGACGAGGAGCAGCUCCUCUCUGAUGACUCUCCUCGAAGUGAAAGCACAGAUGAAGAAUGCAGCAAGUGUGAAGAGUCAGGGUUAAGUGAAACUGAGGAGCCGGUUCCAAAGAGACAAAAGAGAGACAGAAGUCAUGGUGUUGUAGAGAGCUCGCCUGUCUCAGAGAGUCUGUGUAAUGCUGCCACCGGUCGAAAGUCUGAUGCUUCUAAGAAUCAAUCCCAAGGAAAAAAACACCACACAAAUGUGAAUUCCCUUGUUUGCAAAAUAUGUGGGGAAAAAUUUAGUAGAACCUAUUUGGCUGUCCACAUGAGAAUUCACACAGGUGAGAAACCAUAUUCUUGUCAUACAUGUGGGAAACGUUUUAAUCAAAACAGCACUUUGCGUAGCCAUGUGAGAACCCACACAGGUGAAAAACCUUAUUCCUGUGAUACAUGCGGGAAAAGUUUCGGUCAGAGCGCUGCAUUGUAUAUCCAUAAGGCAGUUCACUCAGAAAGACUGUUUUCCUGUGAUAUAUGUGGAAAAAGUUUCAGUCAUAAAAACUAUUUGCCCAUUCACAUGACCACUCACACCGACGAGAAGCCGUAUGUUUGUGAAAUAUGUGGGAAAACAUUUGGUAACAGCUCCAGUUUUUACCUCCACAGGAAAACACAUCAAAGUAGGGAAUCAUUUUGUUGUGAUAUAUGCGGGAAAACAUACAUUGAAAAAAUGAGUUUGAAACUCCACAUGAGAACUCACACAGGUGAGAAGCUGCAUUCCUGUGAAAUAUGUGGGGCGAAAUUCCCUCGAUUGAGCUGUUUGAAAAGGCACAGGGAAAAGCACACGGGCGAAGGGCCGUAUUCUUGUGACAAAUGUGGGACGCGGUUCAAACGAAGCAAUCACUUUUUCCUCCACAAGAAAACGAAAAUAUGCGAGAAGCCGAGUUCCUCUGAAACAGGAGAAGAGUCCCAAACAAAUCAUUUGUCCACAUGAGAACUCGCACAGGUGACAAGUUGUAGUAGAAAUACUCGUGAACCGAAGCUUGAGGAACAAACGUGUCAUUUUUGAGGUUGGCGCUCAUAUUUAUGGGUUUUUGUCUCCAAACCUUUUUAUUCUGGAACUGUCAUGUGAUUCUGGUUUUGUAAUUUUUUUAAAAAUUGAAAGCGAGCUCGUGAGGAUGGGCAGGGGAAGGUGCUCUUCCUUCCCAGGUUGACAAAUCGUAUUGUUGUUAUUUUGUCAUUUUCUUUUGUUCAAAUGUGUGAACUUGAUUGAAAAAUAUGUUGGCAUAGUGUUCUGAUGUCAUGUUCCUGUUUGUGGUUUUAUGGACACGCUGGAGCUGAAAAUCAGUUUUAGUGUGUGAAGGUUUUCGUUUCUUCUCAUGUAUUUGUGUAUUUUGUGAUUUCAUCAGCCUUCAGAGGUGAUCCUAACAAACUGCCCCUGUGUAACCUGAUGUCGUAGAGCGUGCAGGGUAAAUAAAGUUUGUUUC